UCAUUCCUUUUUAAUUUUGGCAGAGGCAGCACUAGCAGUAGCAGGUGUGAGAACUGAGAGUGAGACGAUGAUGAGGAACAAAGCUUUGCUUUCACUUGCUUCUGCUUCUUCGCCAUUUUUAGGUUAUCUUCUUCAUCUUCCUUCUUUUUCCAGACGUUUUCAUGCUGAUGUUGAUUUUGAUGACCCCAAAUUGUUCCUUAAAUUUGUUAGACAACAAUCCAAAUUAGGGUUUACUAAUGUUGAAAUCCCCCUUUCCCAUUUCCAACAUAUGAAAUCGAUGCGACCUCUUCCAUCUAUCAUUGAUUUCUGUAUGUUAUUGAGUGCCAUGUCCAAGAUUAAACCCCACCCCCCUUUCUCCACUGUCAUUUCUCUUUACAGGCACCUCCUUUUCUUAGGUCUUCGUCCAAAUAUUUACUCCCUUACCAUCCUUGCCAAUUGCUACUGUCGUUUGAACUUUGUUGAUUUGGGGUUCUCUGUUCUCGCCAACAUUAUUAAGCUUGGUUUUCAGCCUAAUAUUGUUACUUUUACUACUCUCAUAAACGGCUUCAUUCACUCUAAUCAAUUUGAGAAAGCCGUUCCAUUGUUGGAUAAAAUUCUCAAGCUUGGCUUCCAACCUGAUAUGGUCACUUAUGGUUCUUUGUUCAAAGGUCUCUGUAGUUCCGGUGAUAAUGCCGGUGCUCUCAAACUCCUUAGAAAUAUGGAGUCUUAUGGCCAUUUUAUGCCUAAUGUUGUCAUUUAUAGCACCGUCAUUGAUAGUCUCUGUAAAGACCAGUUAUUACCUCAGGCUCUCCGUCUUUUCAAGGAGAUGAAAGUCAAGGGAAUUUCCCCUAAUGUUUUUACCUAUACUACCUUAAUUCGAGGUAUGUGCACUUUGGGGCAACAGAAAGAGGCUCAAGAAAUGCUGACUGAGAUGUUGAGGAACAACAUAACUCCUGAUGUUAACACCUACAGCAUGUUGAUUGAUAUGUAUUGUAAAGAAGGCAAGGUUGGUGAAGCCCGGGACAUUUUUGUUCACAUGAUUGAGAGAGGAUUUGUUCCCAAUAUCAUCACUUACAGUGCUCUAUUAGAUGGAUAUUGUUUACGUGGUGAGAUGGAUGAGGCAGAAAAGCUUAUGGAUUUGAUGGUUGAAAAUGGUUGCAAACCUGAUGUAGUUACUUACAGCAGCUUAAUCAAUGGCUAUUGCAAGUCUAAAAAGAUUGACAAAGCUCUUGGUCUGCUCCAAGAGAUGCAUUUUAACGGAUUAGCCCCUGAUGUUAUCACGUACAGCACUCUUAUAGAUGCCUUGUGCAAAGACAAUCAACUCAAGCUUGCACAUCAAUUUUUCAAGGAAAUGGAAGCUCAUGGACUAAAGCCAGAUGUAAUCACUUGGAACUCAUUGCUUGAUGGGAUGUGUAAGAAUGGACAAAUAGAUGAGGCGAUUGCAACACUGAAGGAAAUGGAGAGCAGUGGAGUGGCCCCUGAUAUUAUUACAUACAGAACCCUAAUGGAUGGUUUCUGUGAAUCUAAUCGCCUUAGAGAAGCGAUGGACAUCUUCUCCUUUCUCACAGCUAAAGGGCUGCAUGAUUUGCGUGCUUACACCAUAAUGAUAAAAGGGUUUUGUAAAGAAGGGUUGCUAGCAAAAGCCGAUGAAUUAUUGAAGAAUAUGGAGGACAAUGGAUGCUUUCCAGAUGAAUGCACCUUUAAUACAAUUAUUAGAGGAUUUAUAGAUGGAAGGGACAUUAGCAGAGCAUUAGAGCUUGUCAGGUUGAUGAGAAUUAAAGAGUUUGCUGCUGAUAAUCACACUAUAUCAUCAUUUGUGGGCUUACUCACUGAUCCAAAUAUCGAUGAUGCAGACAAGGAUUUGCUGAAAAAGUUUUUGGUAAUCAGGAAAAAUGGAAGGAGCAAUGACUAAAGCAUAUAUGAUCAGCUGUGACAGAUAUGUGUACACAUAUAUUGUGAGUGACUUGUGAAUCAGUAAGUCAUAUGUGAUUUAUUGUAGGAAAAAGCAUUAAUAUCUGUGAUGGAAAAAGCUUGCUUUUACUUGUAUGGUGCUCAUGGAAGCAGAUGUGGAUUGACCUAUUGUAUCCUUUUUGCGUGUUUUUAUUGUACUGAAAUUGAUAUAAAGUCUUGAG